GUGAUACCCAACUCGAUCGAUUCGAUCCGGCCCAAUAUAUACAUGCAGUCCUCUACUACCUUUUUACCUUAGAGAAAGCACAACUGCUUGGUUCCAUUCCAUUUCCAGCUUGCAUUGCAAUGGCUAGGUCCCUCUCAGCUCUCCUCCUCCUCCUGGUCGCCGCCGUGGCAGCUUCAGCUCAGUACCAGGACGACUCGGUGGGCACGGCGUUCUUCCUCGACAAGGACCUGUACCCGGGCUCCAAGAUGACGCUCCACUUCACCCUCGCCGCCGCCGGCGCCGCCCUCCCACGCGCCCUCGCCGACGCCAUCCCGUUCGCCUCCGCCAGGAUCCAGGAGAUCCUCUCCCGCCUCCCCGUCCCGGCCGGCUCCCCCGCCGCCGCGGCCGUGCGCUCCACCCUCGCCGCAUGCGAGGCCGCGCCGGUCCCCGGUGUGGAGGCCCUGCGCUGCGUCACCUCCCCAGACUCCAUGGCCGACCUCGCCGCCUCCAUCCUCGGCACCCGGAACAUCCGCGCGGCGGCGACCAAGCUCACCAGCACGGAAGGCGCGACGACGAGGCAGGAGUACACGAUGGUGUCCGUCAGGCCCCUGCCGGUGGCCGGCGGCGACAUGGUUGCCUGCCACCGUAUGCCCUAUCCGUACGCCGUGUUCGCGUGCCACGCAACCACCGCCGCCGUGUACGCGGUGAGCCUCGCCGGCGCCGACGGGACGACGGCCAAGGGGGAGGCCCUGGCGGCGUGCCACGCGGACGCGUUCCCGGGUAUCUCGCAGUCGGCGUACGAGAAGCUCGGCGUGGAGCCGGGGAGCGUGCCCGUGUGCCACUUCCUGCCCCAGGACAGCAUGCUCUGGAUGCGCAACUGAAAAUAAAGCUUGGCUUCAAAGUUGCGCGGCACGAGCAAGUGCUACGUGUGUAUAAAAAAAAAAGUGGCUGAUCACGUACUUGAUCGCCUGUUCUAUCGGCUACCGGAUCACUGAAAUGUAAUACAGUAUAUCGUGUGGGUGUGUAAUAAUCUCUAUACUUAAUCCUAUCUAUGUACUCCCUCUGUUCUAAAUUGUAGGUUGUUCCUAAAUA